AGCUCGGUGCAGAUGACUGGAUGAGAAGCAGCAUCAGCACCACUCGCCCGUAGCAUCUUCCCUUUGUGGAUGCUGGAGGCUGUCUUGUAGCCGCAGUAACGUACCUGGACAAGACGCCGCCUUGUGUCACACACAUGGCGUGGCCCCCAGACAGGAGGAAGGGGAGACAGUAAAGCGGCAGGGGCUCGGGGAGGGGGUGAGACGGUGGGAGGAAACAGGGACAGCUGGUGGUGGGAGCAGCGAGAAGGGCUGGAGCGACUGAAGCAGCAGCAGCAGCAGCAGUAGCAGCGGCACCAUGGCGCAAGCCGCCAAGCAGCUCCGCAAAACCAAGGACCUCGCGGAGGCCGCCGCCCAGGAGCAGAGGGAGAAGGAGGAGGAGAAGAUCAAAAAGAGGAAUCGAUCCAGGGACCGCAGACGCAAGGCGGAUGCAGCCACCAGCUUUUUGCGUGCGGCUCGUUCGGGGAACCUGGACAAGGCUCUGGAUCACAUCAAGAAUGGGAUUGACAUCAACACUGCGAAUCAAAAUGGCCUCAARGGGUUACACCUGGCCUCCAAAGAAGGUCAUGUCAAAAUGGUUCUGGAGCUGCUGCACUCUGGAAUCGAACUGGAAGCUACCACCAAGAAAGGGAACACCGCUCUCCAUAUCGCAGCGCUGGCAGGACAAGAGAAAGUAGUAGCUGAGCUUGUCCACUAUGGUGCCAAUGUUAAUGCCCAGUCACAUAAAGGGUUCAGUCCGCUCUACAUGGCAGCUCAAGAAAACCAUUUAGAAGUGGUGAAGUUUCUGCUGGAGAAUGGUGCAAACCAAAGCCUCCCGACUGAGGAUGGCUUCACGCCCCUGGCGGUGGCCCUCCAGCAGGGCCACGAGAACGUUGUAGCCCUGCUCAUUAACUACGGCACCAAGGGCAAGGUCCGCCUCCCCGCUUUGCACAUCGCUGCCCGAAAUGACGACACGCGCACCGCCGCUGUCCUCCUGCAGAACGACCCCAACCCUGAUGUCCUCAGCAAGACCGGCUUCACACCUCUCCAUAUUGCAGCUCACUAUGAAAAUAUGAGUGUAGCCCAGCUGCUGCUGAACAGAGGAGCCAAUGUAAACUUCACCCCCAAGAAUGGAAUCACACCCCUUCAUAUAGCCUCCAGGAGGGGGAARGUGAUGAUGGUCAGAUUACUGCUGGACAGAGGAGCACAAAUUGAUGCCAAGACUAAAGACGAACUGACUCCUCUUCACUGUGCGGCCAGGAAUGGUCAUGUUCGCAUUAUAGAGAUCCUGCUGGAACAUGGUGCUCCCAUCCAGGCUAAAACCAAGAACGGUCUGUCCCCAAUUCACAUGGCAGCUCAGGGGGAUCACAUGGACUGUGUCCGACAGCUACUGCAAUACAACGCUGAGAUCGAUGACAUCACCCUGGACCACCUCACCCCGCUUCAUGUAGCAGCCCACUGCGGUCACCAUCGCAUGGCCAAAGUUUUACUGGACAAGGGGGCCAAAGCCAARGCUCGGGCUCUGAACGGCUUCACACCUCUUCAUAUUGCUUGUAAGAAGAACCACAUGAGGUCUAUGGACCUGCUGCUAAAGCACUCGGCGUCCCUAGAAGCUGUCACAGAGUCUGGUCUCACUCCUCUUCAUGUAGCAGCAUUUAUGGGCCAUCUGAACAUAGUUAAGAACCUGCUCCAAAGAGGGGCUUCACCUAAUGCUUCCAAUGUGAAAGUGGAGACCCCGCUCCAUAUGGCCUCCAGAGCAGGACACUGUGAAGUUGCUCAGUUCCUGCUGCAAAACGCAGCACAAGUGGACGCAAAGGCAAAGGAUGAUCAGACACCCCUGCACUGUGCGGCUCGUAUGGGCCACAAGGAGCUCGUCAAGCUGCUCCUGGAGCACAAGGCCAGCCCAGAUUCUGCUACGACUGCGGGUCACACGCCCUUACACAUCGCUGCACGGGAGGGGCACGUCCACACCAUUCGAAUUCUGCUGGAUGCUGGAGCACAGCAAGUCAAGAUGACAAAACAGAAGGGUUUUACCCCCCUUCAUGUGGCCUCUAAGUACGGAAAGGUGGAUGUGGCUGAGCUUCUUCUGGAAAGAGGUGCCAACCCAAAUGCAGCAGGGAAAAACGGUCUGACACCCCUUCAUGUGGCCGUCCAUCACAACAACUUGGAUGUUGUUAAACUCCUGGUCAGCAAAGGAGGAUCUGCACACAGCACUGCUCGAAARGGUUACACACCUCUACACAUAGCGGCCAAGCAGAACCAGAUGGAGGUGGCCAGUUGUCUGCUUCAGAACGGGGCACUGCCGAACGCAGAGUCCCUUCAGGGCGUCACGCCUCUUCACCUGGCUUCACAGGAGGGAAGGCCAGACAUGGUGGCUCUGCUCAUCUCCAAACAGGCCAACGUAAACCCGGGAAACAAGAACGGACUGACCCCUCUGCACCUUGUAGCUCAGGAGGGUCAUGUGGGCAUCGCCGACGCUUUGGUCAAACAUGGAGCAUCUGUUUACGCAGCUUCCCGGAUGGGCUACACUCCUCUUCACGUGGCCUGCCACUAUGGCAACAUAAAGAUGGUGAAGUUUCUUCUGCAGCAGCAGGCUCAUGUGAAUGCUAAGACGAGGAUGGGCUACACCCCCCUGCACCAGGCAGCUCAGCAGGGCCACACGGAUAUUGUCACCCUGCUGCUAAAACACGGAGCGCAGCCCAAUGAAAUUACUUCGAAUGGGACGUCUCCUCUGGGCAUUGCUAAGCGGCUCGGUUAUAUUUCUGUUAUCGAUGUGUUAAAGUUGGUUACUGAGGAGUCUGUGUCCGCUAUGACCACAGAGAAACACCGGAUGAGCUUCCCUGAGACGGUAGAUGAGAUUUUGGAUGUUUCCGAAGAUGAAGGGGUUGCCCAGCUAACAUUAGGAGACGAGCUGCUUGGGUUGGACGGAGCGCGCUACUUAAAACUUGACGACUUCAAGGACCAGGACGACGACUUUCUGUCCCCAAAGAAAACCCUCCGAGACUUUGAUGGCGGCACGGGUACCACGCCAUAUUCUCCAGCUAUUCCUAGAAUCCCCUGUGUGUCACCAGAGACUGUUCAGCUGGACCAGCACACCCCUGUCCCUUUGCCUAAAGAMUAUGAUGAGGACUCACUAAUCCCGAGCAGUCCAGCUACUGAGACCUCAGACAAUGUCAGCCCAGUGGCCAGUCCCAUACACACAGGGUUCCUGGUGAGUUUCAUGGUGGACGCACGAGGAGGUUCCAUGCGAGGAAGCAGACAUCACGGCCUGCGGGUGAUCAUCCCCCCUCGGACCUGCGCUGCCCCGACACGGAUCACCUGUCGCCUUGUAAAACCGCAGAAACUGACCACGCCUCCUCCGCUGGUGGAGGGGGAGGGUCUGGCUAGCAGGAUCAUCUCCCUGGGACCCUCCAGUAUGCAAUUUCUUGGGCCUGUGAUAGUAGAAAUCCCACACUUUGCCUCGUUGGCCCGCGGGGACCGAGAGCUUGUAGUCCUCCGCAGUGAAAACGGCUCGGUGUGGAAGGAACAUCGCAACCGCUACGGCGAUGAAGUGCUAGAAACUAUUUUGAACGGCAUGGACGAAGAACUGGAGAGUCAAGAGGAGCUGGAGAAGAAGAGAAUCCGUCGAAUCAUCUCCACUGACUUCCCCCUCUACUUCGCUGUCGUCUCCCGCAUUCAGCAGGAGAGUGAUCUGAUCGGUCCAGAGGGCGGCCGGCUCAGUAGUAAAUUGGUGCCCCGUGUGGAGGCCAUCUUCCCUGAGACCGCUGUCACUAAGAGAGUCAGGCUGGGGCUGCAGGCACAACCAAUCCCAGAUGAACUGUUGACGAAGCAGCUGGGCAACCAGGCGACCUUCAGUCCGGUGGUUACCAUUGAACCUCGCAGACGCAAAUUUCACCGUCCGAUCGGACUCCGCAUUCCUUUACCACCAUCAUGGAGGGAAAGUCUACGGGAUGCAGGCGAGGGGGAUACCACCAGCUUGCGCCUCCUCUGCAGCGUCAUAGGUGGAACAGCACCAGCUCAGUGGGAGGACAUCACUGGAACCACCAAGCUGAUGUACGCCAAUAGCUGUGCCAAUUUCACCACCAAUGUUUCUGCAAGAUUCUGGCUGGCAGAUUGUCCYCGUACAGCGGAGGCAGUGACCUUUGCCAACUUGCUGUACAAGGAGCUGAUGUCGGUUCCAUACAUGGCCAAGUUUGUCAUUUUUGCAAAGAUGAAUGAGGCGCGUGAAGGGCGGUUACGCUGUUACUGCAUGACGGACGACAAGAUGGACAAAACYUUGGAGCUGCAUGAAAACUUCUCCGAAGUGGCACGAAGUCGGGAUAUUGAGCUUAUGGAAGGCAUGCCUCUGCACUUAGAGUGUUCUGGGAACCUGGUGCCCAUCCGAAAGGCCACUCAGCAGCCUCGUAGCUUCAGCUUCCAGGCCUUCAGAGACAACAGACUGCCUGUUUCUGUUAAGAUCAGAGACAGCAACAAAGAAGCAACUGGUUUUUUGUCUUUCCUGAGGAAAAGCACAAAGUAUGAGGACGCACAGCAUGUAUUGUGUAAUCUUAACAUAACCAUGCCACCUUGUGUCAAGGCUGCUGGGAGUGAUGAGCGCAGACGAACUUUGACCCCUCUGGCCCUGAGAGAGCGCUACAGUGCACUGAACGAGCCUGGUGUGGCAACAGUGAAUGCCAUGGAGAGGACUGAGAUCAAAAUCAACAUUAUAUCAGAACAGCUGGGCUUAAGUUGGGCGGAAUUGGCACGAGAGCUUCAGUUUGGUGUUGACGACAUCAACAGGAUUCGUGUCGAAAAUCCAAACUCCUUACUGGACCAGAGCUCUGCGUUGCUUAGCCUAUGGGUCGGCAGAGAAGGCAAACGGGCCAAAAUGGAGAGCCUMUACACCGCUCUGAGGACCAUCGACCGUGCAGACAUCGUAACAUCUUUGGAGGGUCCGGCCCCACAGCCAGGGCCAGGGUCAUCUGAGGAGGGUGCCUGUCGUCUCGUCGAUCGUGACUCCUCCAUGCUGUCUCCCAGUGUCAUUAAUGGUUAUGGGCUGGUGCAGGAGGAGCUUGUGUCCCCGGCCUCCAUGCAGUACAGUUUACCCUCUCCGUUAGGCGCCGAGCCCUACUGGCAGGAAGUCUCCAGCCUGGAGUGCGCGCCUAUCGCCACCACAGAAGAAGACACUUUGAUGGAGAUGUCGGACGUCCAGGUGUGGCCGGCGGGGGUCAGCCCCUCGCUGGUCACGGUGGAGGACUCGUCCCUGGAGGGCAGCAGUCGGGCCGACGACUCUGAGGGCGCCACGCUCUCCUUACCCUGCAGCUUGGGCCGCCCGGGCAGCGGAGCCAGCGGCGCCAGCGGCUCCAUCAUGGAGCUGGAGGAAGAGGAGGAGGAGGAGGAGGAGGAAGGGGAGGUUGAGGAGGAGGAGGCGCCACAGGAGCCAGCGAGUGCGCUGGCGGAAAGGGACAGGGUGAGGGCCAGCGGCGCUGUUCCCAAGGUCAAUCUGAACGGCCAGCUGGGAGGUCAGAGGUCAGACGUGAGGAGAGGGGAGGUGAUUGGAGGAGGGACAAAAGGAGGAGCUGGAGGAGGUGUAGCGCUGGGUUCAGUGGAAGGGAUUUCUCUUGUUGCAGGCCAGCAGGUGCACACCCAGCGGAGCGAGAUGAUGGGGGUGGUUCGGUCAGCAGAACUCAACAAAGACAACCGGAUAACAGGAGGAGGCGCGUUCCAGCCUUACAUACCAGAGAAGGACUCCCUACAGGGUUGGGUGGGCUCGGUGUCCUCGGGACACGACGGGAGCGUGCCAGGCUUGCACGUGGCUCAAGAGGCCCUGCUGACUUCGAGAGAGCAGAAGGAGGAUCAUUCUGCUGAGGUGCCGUUUGUUGAAGAAAAGGGAAAUGUGCUCCCAAGAAAGGACCGGAAAGCCACUGCCAAAACGUCCACUAAAACACGACCGGACCGAAGAGGAAAAUGAGCAGAGAGGAGAAGAAGAGAUGAUAAAACAAAGAAAAAAACAACUAAAAGGACAAACUGAAUCAUCCUCAAAUCUGUGAUAAUGAAUCAUCACAAAAAAGAAGACAAUGAAAAAAAAGAGGAGUUCAAGUUGUAGUUUUUUAAUAUUUGUAAAGAAAAAUAUCAACUAAACUAAGGCAUGAAGAUACAUUUUUAUACAAAAAAAAACGUAAAUGUUCGUAAAACACCUAAGAAAAAAAAAAAAGCAACAAAGUGCUUCCUGUGAACUGUAAUCGCAUGAUGACUGCUGGUGCAUGCCCUUUGACCUUUUGAACUGUCAUUAUCUACAAACUAAAGGGGUAUACGGUACAACCUACGGACCUUCUCCUCUUCCACAGGAGUGGUGUGUGUCAGCAAGUUGAAAACGGUGCAGCCAAAAAAAAAAAAGUUCCUCAAAGGAUGGUUGUGUUUGCAGCAAAGCCUCUGCUGAGCCUAAAAAAAUACGUCUUUCACCGAAUUCUUUCCCUUAAUAAUCCUAAUGUGAUAUAUGCACUGUAUGCUACGUGGACACGUGUCGGUGUGUAUGUGUGCCUGUAAAUUCGCUCUACUGCAUGAGUUUCUUGCUUCUGGGUUGGGAGMGAGCCACGUCCCGCCAUCGGCUUGUUGUCUCUGUGAUGUCACGGCGCGCURAGUGGUGCGAAGCGCCGCUGCUCUUCCCUGCUUGUGAGUUCUUGUCCGCGUGUGCCAGAAUUUUUUUCUUUUUUUUUUUCUUUUUGUCGAUUUAUAAAAUCUUGCUUCCACUUCGGUUCUCCGGCGUUGCUUCAGUGGAGAACUGAACCUCUGUCAGCUUUGUGUUUUCAGGAGAAAUGUGUUUUCAAGACAGCAGAAUGUUUCCUUUGGGYAAAAAAAUUGGUAGCUUCACUGCUUUGUACAGCAGCAAACACUAACUUUUUUGUUUUGUUUUUACAACCUUUCUAAUCCUGUUUUCUGGCGUAGCAUAUCUCAUUUUUAUCAGUAGCCCUGAUUAUAUGCAGUAAACUCACACACCCCUUCUUUCAGUUUUGUGCUGCAGCACCUCACUGUCUAAGUUUAGAGCAAAGUGGAGGAAAAAAAAACAGAAUUUCUAAAGAAUUUCUGGCUUGUGUCAGGUUGUGUUCMGCUACAGCAGCUUGUGACGAUGAGGGGAAAACUGUGCGGCGAGGACAAACAGGUGGGCACUGUGACUGUCUGACCCCAGACUCGUGAACUGCCAAUGCACACAUUUCCAUUUAAUCCYAGCGAAAGCACACGCAAACCCGAUGACCAGUUAUCAAAUCGUCCGACGGCUUUGCUGCAGCAAUAAUUUCAAACAAGAAGAAAAGGUGAAACCCUGGUUUGGGGGUGCGAGAAUGAAAAACCGAACCCCUCGGUGAAAGCGAAGACUCCGUCUGGACGCUUUCGAGUUUGAUGUUGCAGCUGAGCCGCGCCCAAAUGCUUUCCAUUAGUUUUGACAUGAACCAGCUUGAAAGCACUGACUCACUGAUGCAAGACAGGAUGACUCGGUUGCAGCAGUGUGGGACUAAGGCCAGUAAGGUUUUUAUUUUAUUUUAUUUUAGCACCAAACGUAGCAACAUGAAAAAUCCUGAUAUGUUCCAUAUUUUGAGACUCUGGUUCCUACUCUUAGCAUUUUAUUCACAGAAAACAUUUUACUUUGUCUUAAAGGUCUUAAAAUGUCUUUUAUUUUUUAAACCGACUUGUAUUAUUACUGCUUAUCAUUUAAUACUUUAUGCAGAAACCUGAUGGCAGCACUAUGUAAGCAUUGUAUCAUAGUAGCACACAUUUCUGGAACACAUGAUUUAACCCGUAAGUACUGUAAACGCUACUGUAGCCAGGAUGAUUGUGGCACCGAAUGAAUGAACACCUACCUUAUAUGUCACACGAAUGCAUCAUUUCAAUCCUCAUCUCCAUUCAAGUGAACCUCAUUCAAUAACGGCACGUUUUUUGAACAUUUUACACUCAGGUUUUUUCGUUCUGCUCCGUCAGAAGCUGGUUUGAAUUUCCCGUUUGUCCUCUGGAAGACACAGGUGGAAGAUAAAAAAAAGUGGGAUUAAAUGAGUGCAUGGGAGUUAUGUUCAUGAAGCAGAAACGUUUGUUACGAGAAUAUGUGCUUUAAAGUCUGAUAAGACCAAAAAACGGAGAGUUGAAUGUGUCAGAUAUCUCCUGUUCGAGGCAGCACUGACGCCACCAUCAGCUGCUUCUAUCGUCCGUUUUUACAAGAGAUGAGCGAAACUGAACCAAACCGUUAGUGUGACACAAGAGUUAAAUUUGAUGAAUGUUAAGUUGGUUCUGAUGACAUGUACGUCUUUUUAUGGAGGUUUUUGUAGUGUUGGAUGUCAUUUAUUCUUAAUCUCACCGUGUCAGCAUUCCUGCUGGGAAAAAAAAAAGUCAACUAGAUGAGAGAAGUAAACAAACAGUUUACUAAAAUUUUGUACUUGAUGAUAUAAGAUAAAGGAUUGCACAAUCAUUUAGCUGAUUUUUAUUCAUAAUCCUAUUUAAAGUAGCAAAGUCGUCCAAAUGUAUCAAAUAUAACAAUAAAAAAAAUUGAAUAAAAAGUUUUAAUCAUUUGAAAUUAUGUUYGAAAUUUACAUUUUGAAGCUCACAAAGAAAUAGGUCAAAAUUUUAAGUGGGAUUAUGCAGAAAAGUUAUGUAUAAUUAUAUCUUAUGUUGUUGCUUUGAUCAGCUUCAGUUUGGUCGUUCAUAAAWAGUAAUAUGCAAACGCUUUUACAAAUAUCAUUGCUGACAAAUCAUUUAAGCACGUUCAUGAGUUCAUUUCAAACGAUAUUAAAAUGACAAAUAAUUAUAACUUUGAUCUCACUGAAAUCAAGUUUUGGUCCCAUUUUCACGAUUCAAACCGUACAAAAUUAUGUUUGUUUUUUUUUUAAACUAUGGUAGUUCCACUUUGACAAGGAUUUUAACGAGAAAGAAAGUGUCAGAUUUGUUUUAAAAACAAGAUACUGUUCACUCUGUUCAACCCACCGUCAACAUGUUUGUGUGUAAGUGUGUGUGUGCAUGCGACGCUCYGUUCCAAAUGUUGUUGGAUAAAAGAAGGGGUAAAAAAGAGAAACUUUUGUACCCGGCAUGUGAGUGAAGAUGAUGUGUAACCUUCGAUGGUGUACUUAAAAAAAUCAAAAACAAAGAGUAUUGUAUAAUUUUAACUGUUGCAAAGAAUAGAGCUCACCUAUUCUCCUUUAGACUGGAUACAUGACAAUGUAAACGCAAUAUCAUAUUACUCUAUCCUAAGGAAUGCAACUGCACACAUGCACAAAAAGAAACGUUUUUAUGAAAAUGUAUGUAUAAAUAUAUGACAAAAUAUAUUUCAUUAGAAUGCUAUGCACCCUCAUAGAGUUGUUAUGGAUGUUCUUUAAGCAUUAWCUAGUCCAACGCCCACUUCAUGGGGAAUGUAGAGGCUUUGUAGCUCGGACCAUUUGUUUUCUUUCUUUUGUAUUUCCCUGAGGAGAAGACAAACAAAGGUGAACAUGUAUACAAGCCUUUCGAUCAGAAUUCUUCUGACAUGAAGAUAUGUAUAAAUCAUGUUACCCUGUACACCAGCUCUAACCAUUUACAAGACUUAAUAAACAAACAAGAUGGAA